AUGUAUUAUUCAAUAUCAGCGCAACCCCAACUUUUUGUCAAACUUCAUGCUUUUGGGACUCGCUGAUAUAUUUGAAAGACCACAAGAAGUGGACGAAAGUCGCAAUAUUGUAAAGAAUGAAAUUUCGGUUACCAUCGACCAGGACAAGGUAGUCGAUGCUUCAUUAAAAAUGCAAAAGGAUGAUUCUCGUAGUAUGGUGACAAAAGAAGAUUUACAUGAAUUGCUUGAAACAGAGUCUGAUCUCCAUUAUUUGAAAGUACACCUCCUCUGAAAAGGCGAGCUACUGAACCAAUUAUGACUGCGAAAUUGGCUACAGUAUUAGAUAAAUGUAAAAUUAGUAAAAGAGACGUAAUGCAUUUGUUGAUGGCCGCUGCGGAAGCAUUCAGCAUUGAUACGCGCAAUUUAGUAUUACACAUCAUAUAUUCACAGAGCUCGUCAAAAUUUUCGCAAAGAACGAUAUGAUGCAAUUAAAAAACUUGCUCCACCACUUUUUUCUGGUUUACCGAGCACCAUCCACUGGGAUGGAAAGUUGCUUCCAGGAUAUUUACGAAGAGAAACUACUGAUAGACUAGCGAUUAUUAUUACAAGUAAUGGAAUGGAGCAUCUCUUGGGUGUUCCACAUAUCUCUUCUAGUAGUGGAAUAAAUCAAGCUCAAGCAGUAUUCGAUACUUUAAAUGACUGGUCUUUAUUAGAAAAUAUUGAAGCUCUUUGUUGUGAUUCAACAGCUAGCAAUACUGGUCGAAUAAAUGGAGCUUGUGUGUUAUUAGAAAGAUUAAUCGAUAAAGAUCUUCUCUAUUUUAGCUACCGGCAUCAUAUUUACGAGCUUGUUCUAAGAAGUACUUUUGAAAUAAAAUUUGGUAAGACAACUGUCCGGAGGUACAAUUGUUUAAAAAUUUUGGAGAUUUUUGGAAAUCUGUAGAUCAAACAAAAUUUGAACUGGGUAUUAGUGAUACUUUUGUAAUUGAAUCUCUGCAAGAUGUAAAAGAAGAAAUUUUAGACUUUUGUUCAAGUAUUUAAAAAAGGAUUUAAACAGAAGUGAUUUCAAAGAAUUUUUGGAACUAGUCAUCAUUUUUCUAGGCGGAAAAUUACCUAGUGGUAUAAUUUUUUAUCUACCUGGAGCUAUUCACCAUGCUAGGUGUAUGGCAAAAGCUAUAUAUUGUUUGAAAAUAUUCAUCUUUCGGAAACAAUAUUUGCUAGAUAAAAAAGAUGUUGAAGUAAAAUGUAGAGACGUUUGCAUUUUUAUAGUAAGAGUCUACGUUCAGGCCUGGUUUUGUACUCCAUUUGCUGCUCAAGCACCAAAUCAAGAUUUAAAGUUUUUAAAAUGUUUGUACGAAUAUAGAAGAAUUGAUGAAAGUAUAUCUGACUGUGCUGUUAGAAAAUGUAUGAAUCACUUGUGGUAUUUGACUCCGCAACUAACAGCACUAGCAUUUUUUGACUUUACUAUUUCAAAUGAAGAAAAGUUAAAAAUGUGCGAAGCUCUACAGUCAAAUUCUAGUGCGUUUGUUUAUGGAAAACAAAUUUUAGUCAAUGAAAAAAAUUUGGAUAAAAUAGUGAAUUCAAGUAUUAGUGAUUUUAUUUGCAAAGACACUUAUGAAACUUUUAGACGCUUAAAAAUUGACACAACUUUUUUAGAAAAAAAUCCAUCAAAAUGGGCCAAAGAUAGAAACUACACUAAUGGUUUGGAAGUUGUUAAAAACCUCAGAGUCGUGAAUGAUACAGCCGAACGAGAAGUAAAAUUGAUAACUGAAUUCAACAAUCUUUUGACUAAAGAUGAAAAGCAAUUGCAAUACCUAUUACCUGUAAUAAAAGAUUAUCGAAGCUUGUUUUCAGAUAGCAAGAAGGAAACGUUGAUGCGGCCAUAUGAAUGAAUAUUUUGUUUGAAUAUACGAUGAGAACUUUUUUGUACUGUUUUUUAAUUUUUACCUUCAGAAUCUCGCUUCGACAGAUCGUUUUUCUUUAUCUCAGCUUAUAAAUUUUCUUUUAUUUUUUUAAACUAAUAAGUUUAUGUGAUUCAAUAAUUCAAAGUAUAAAUUAGUAGAAAAUAUUACAAAUCAGCUUUUUGGCCUUUUUACCGUGAUUUUCGAGUUUUUUGAUGAUUUUAACUUCUUUUCUCGAUUGAAUCGGCAAAAGCCAAUUGCACCAUUCGUUUAAUGAGCUCAAAAUACAUAAAAAUGUAUGUUUUUGAAAAAAACUUUCCUACUUAUCACUGAUUAUAAACGUUAACAGUCCAUUUUUACACGUUUUUAUGCGAUUUUUCGAGUUUUUCAACGAUUUUGGCUUAUAACUUUUUUAUUUCACUAUUACGGUGAAAACUAAUAGCCCCAUUCGAUUCAGCGGCUCAAAAUACAUGGGAAAAUAUACUUCCAAAGUUAAAAUUCCAAAAUUUUCACAGGUUUUCAGAACGAUAAACGUUUUGACCCUUUUUUAACAUGUAAAUCCCAUAAGAAACUUCGGGUGCUUUGAGGCAUGUGAAAAUCGAUGCUAUGGGUUCAAAACCUACAUGCGCAUGGUUAUUGAGGUAUAUAGAAGCUAUAUUUGCCCGGCCCGAGUGAAAAAAAAAAUAAAAUUAAGGUCCACCCUAAUAAACACUCAUCCAUCAAUCUAUUGUUGUUAAUGUUUCUAUGUAAAUCCAUUUUUUGUAAUUAUAUCUAUCAUAUCAAAAAUCCUUAAAGUUAGUAUAAAUUAUAGAAUUUAGCAAAUAAUAAUAAUAAUACAAAAUAAAUGUAUAUAUGAGGUCGCAGUGCGCUCCCGACAGCACAGUAUAUAAAACUUAUACUUGCCAUCUGGGCGCUCUCAACGGUACAAUGAAUACAACUUAUACUUGCUAUCGGGGCGCUACCGCACUCCUUGACAUAGUCUUAAGCUAAAAGUUAUCGUAUAUAAAUAGCGUUGUAAAUAGCGUUAGAACAGUUGGAGUACAUUGUAAACUUAUAUGAAUCUAAUAGUAAUUAAAUUGUGAUUUAUAAAUUGACAUAGUCUUAAGCUAAAAGUGAUCGCCUAUAUAUAUAUAUAUAUUUUUUUUUUUCAAAUAUUCGUUAGAAAUAGCA